CGGAUAUACAUUGAUCUCAAUGGCGGUGAGGAUAGUUGUUUUAACAUUUGUAUGCGUUGCUUUAGCGGUGAGCCAUGGCGAGGGGAGGAAGCUGGAACAUGAAAAGAAUGGAGGAGAGGUGGUGAAGAAACCCGAGUGGUCCUUCGACAACAACCCGGGUUGGUUUGGCAUUGGAGGAGGUGGUGGUGGUGGUGGUGGUUUUGGUGGUGGGUCAAAAGGCUUUAGCUUUGGUCACUCUUUUAGCUUCGGUAAAGGAGUGGGCUUUCGCUUUGGGACGUCAGGAAAACCUGUUGUUGGUCUUCAAAAGCCUGAUUGUGUUGGGAAAGGUAGAGGUGGAGGUGGAGAAAUAGGGAAACACCACAAGAUGGGUAAGAGGCAUCAUGGUAGUGGAGGUAUUGGUGGUGGAGGCGGCACCGGAGGUGGAAUGGGCGGUGGUGUAGGAGGUGGAGGUGGUGCUAGGGGAGGCACUGGAGGAGGCAUAGGUAAAGGAGGUGGCAUUGGUGGUGGUGGCGGCGGUGGCGGCAGUGGUGGUGCUGGAGGAGGCAUUGGAAAGAGGGGUGGGGGUGGCAUUGGCGGUGGAGGAGGUAUUGGUGGUGGCGGGGGCGGCAUUGGUGGAGGAAUUGGAAAAGGUGGUGGUGCCGGUAGAGGUAUUGGUGGUGGAGGUGGGGCUGGAGGCGGCGUUGGAGGAGGAAUGGGUGGUGGUGGUGGAGUUGGGGGUGGGUUCGGGAAAGGAUGGGGUGGUGGAGGUGGUGGUGGAUUUGGAGGCGGUGUUGGUGGCGGUGUCGGUGGAGGAUUUGGCGGUGGUGCUGGCGGUGGUGGAGGAGGAGGAGGCAUUGGUGGUGGUGGGAGUGCUGGAGGUGGAGUAGGAGGCGGGGGCGACGAUGACGGAGAUGGCGGCAUUGGAGGUGGAAUUCCGGGAAUUGGUGGGAGUGGUUUAGGGCUUGGAAAAACUUUUGGUGGGGGCGUAGGCAAAGAUGUGAACUCCAUCCAGCAUAUGGAAGUGGCCAAUACGCCAUGAAAACUCCAGCUUACAAAUAAAAAGCCAUAUACAUUGGCUUUAUGAGGUUGCAUGAGUUCAAAUUUUAAGUUAAAUGCCCAUAUCAAUUGUCUCAUAUAUAUUAACUUGCUCUGCUUUUUUUCGAACUAAGCCUAUAUUAGAGAUGCGAGAUUAAGAACUAAACCUAAUAUCUCUAAGUACUAAUGUAAGGGUAAUUCUCCUUUGUCAAAUUCUUGCCAGUAUUUCACUUAA